CCCAAAUCGCCAAGUCUACUCAGCUCUGCCUUCAUUUCAGUGGUCUGCAAUGGCCCCGAACUACGGCGAUCCAGACAACUUCAGACGUGCAAAUAUCAUUCUCCAAUCCACUAUCACUUCAUGUACAACUGUUGCACUUGGCAUUCGUCUAUAUACGCGGGUUAUCAUCAAGAAUCAUUUCGGAAUAGAUGAUGCCUUGGCCGUUCUCUCUUGGGCACUUGUCAUGGAACUCUCACUGGUUCUCGCCGUUGCUAUUCGCUGGGGUUUUGGCACGCACAUCUACGACAUACCCGCUGCAGACCUUCGUAAGGCAGUUAAGCUCCUCGAAGUUGCGCGAAAAUCCUACUUCCCCGUCGUCCUUACCGUCAAGGUUUGCAUCCUCACCGGAUAUCUUCGCAUCUUCAACAUCGACCGGACCACAAAGUGGGCAUUAUGGGCAGGCUUAUGCCUCAUCACGCUCUUCUACAUUGCCGCUUUCUUUGUUGACAUUACUCAUUGUAAAGUCCCGGUCGGCUGCGAGCCAUUUCUCAUGGGAACCGGCAUAUUCAACGUCAUAAGUGAUUUCUAUAUACUGUUGUUGCCGAUGCCUUUGAUAUUUCGCAUGCGUAUGCCUAUUACGAGACGACUGCGAAUCGUUUCAGUAUUCGCUCUUGGGUCGAUCACUUGCGUGGCGAGCAUCAUGCGGUUGACAUCAAUUCGCUACGCCGCUGACCCCGAUCAAACAUAUGUAGCUGCCAAAGUCAUGCAUUGGAACGUUGUCGAAACAAAUAUUGGACUUAUCUGCGCGUGCGCCAGCGCGUUUCCAGCUUUCUUCGAUCCGAGCGCACCACGAUCCUUGGGGUUCUUCGUGCGUAGAUUGUUUAGUAGGAAGAACAAGUCGCACGAUAAACCCGGAGCUAGGAACAAUGACGUUAGCGACGAAGUUUCUAAUACCAAAUGGAUAGUUCUGCCUGAGGUAAGCAGGGAAAGAUUACAUAACCAGGACAUAGAUGAGAUAUGA